UGCGCAUUUCUCGGUAGUCGUCUCCGUCUUCUCAUACCUCUUUAGUAUCAAUCAUUGUUUCGAUCUUUCGAACAAAUUUCUCAGUUUUAUUCAGGAGCAGUUGAAGAAGGCUUAAACGCCUCGUGUAAUAAUCAGCGAGGUGUUUAAGCUGAUAACAAAACAAUAAUCAAACCUGAAUUCUCCAAUUUUUCAUUUUCCUUCUUCGUUUUUGUUUUUUAAUUUUCAAGUAUACCGUAUAUAUAAAAAUAUUCAAUAAAUAUAGGGAAUAAAUUAUAUAUAGUUAGAGGGAGGUUUUGUGAUUAAGAGGGAGAAUAGAUGGAUAAUAUAAUGAGUAGGAUUCGAGGUUUGGACGCGUACCCGAAGAUCAAUGAAGAUUUCUACAGCAGAACUCUCUCCGGCGGCGUUAUAACCCUAGCAUCUUCCGUCGUCAUGCUCUUGCUGUUCUUUUCGGAGCUCAGACUAUAUCUCCAUGCUGUAACUGAGACACAGCUUGUAGUAGAUACCUCAAGAGGAGAAACACUUCGUAUCAAUUUUGAUAUCUCCUUUCCUGCGCUUCCAUGUUCCAUCCUCAGUGUUGAUGCAAUGGAUAUAAGUGGAGAGCAACACCUUGACGUUAGGCAUGAUAUCAUCAAGAAAAGGCUUGAUUCUCAUGGUAAUGUAAUAGAAACAAGACAGGAUGGUAUUGGUGCUCCUAAGAUUGAAAAACCUUUACAAAGACAUGGUGGCAGGCUUGAACACAACGAGACAUACUGCGGUUCUUGUUAUGGUGCAGAAGUGUCAGAUGAUGAUUGUUGUAACUCAUGUGAAGAUGUUCGUGAAGCUUAUAGAAAGAAAGGCUGGGCAAUAUCAGAUCCAGACAUAAUUGACCAGUGCAAAAGAGAAGGUUUUCUUCAGAGAAUCAAAGAAGAAGAUGGCGAAGGAUGUAAUCUGUAUGGAUUUUUGGAAGUGAACAAAGUGGCUGGUAAUUUUCAUUUUGCACCAGGAAAGAGUUUCCAGCAAUCUAGUGUUCAUGUCCAUGACAUCCUUACUUUCCAGAAGGGUAGUUUCAAUAUAAGUCACAAGAUCAAUAGGUUGACUUUUGGAGACUAUUUCCCUGGCAUUGUGAAUCCUCUUGAUGGUGUGCAGUGGACACAACAAACUCCAAAUGGGAUGUAUCAAUAUUUUAUCAAGGUGGUACCUACUGUCUACACAGAUGUGAAUGGGCACACCAUACAGACAAAUCAGUUCUCUGUAACUGAACAUUUUAGGGGAGGAGAAGUAGGCCCCGUUCAGGCUAUUCCUGGAGUAUUCUUCUUUUAUGAUCUUUCACCAAUCAAGGUGACAUUCACAGAGCAACACAUAUCAUUUUUACAUUUUCUGACAAAUGUUUGUGCAAUAGUUGGAGGUAUAUUUACGGUGUCGGGAAUAAUUGAUUCAUUCGUAUAUCAUGGACAAAAGGCGAUUAAGAAGAAGAUUGAGCUCGGCAAAUUCAGUUGAUGGGGGAUCAUAGGAUGCCAUAUACGAUCCUUUGUUCAUCAUCCCAUUAAAUAGUGAGGGAAGGAAUCUGUACAGAAAGGAAAUCACAGCUUGGGGUCUCUUCACAGAAUCACAAGCUUGAUGGAAAACUUGGAACUACAUAGUACUUCACGCUACAUCAUUAUCAAGAACAAGAUGGAAUGCUAAUUCAUCGUCACGCUGUAUCCUUCUGUAAAAUGAGAUGUUCUGUUUUGCAAAGCAAAAAUAUUGAGGUGAACUUUACAUGUCUGAUGGGGUUGUUAAACCCCCACCAUUUCUUAAUUUAUUAUUUCGUGAAUUUAGUCAUUUCAAAUGUGAGUUAAUUUAGUGGAGAUGCGUUAGAGUCAGAAGAUAGCUGGAGAUGUUAUUCUGCCAUUUGGGAUGGGGAAAAUCGAAAAAGUCGGAUGUGUUAUGUAUUGUUUCUUAUCUCCUAUGUUUUUAUGGAAUAUGUAUAAAACAUUAAAACCUAUAAGAGUUGGUUAGUAUUCUUAAAUUCUGUCUGUGCUCUUUUGUUUGAGGAGUAAUAUAUAUUCUUGUUGGAAA